GGGACCUUGCCGCUGGUAGGGUGGGGCGGGCUGCGGGCGGUGGGCCUGCGGCCGGGUCUGGACUCGCCAGAGACCAAGAGCCGCGAACUGGGCAGUCCCUGGGCUGCGCCGCCCGCCUGUCUCUAGCGCCGCCGAGCCGCCAGUGCGAGCGCUCUCCUCCAGCAUGCUGCGGCGGGGCAGCCAGGCUCUCCGGCGCUUCUCCACCGGCCGGGUUUAUUUCAAAAACAAGCUGAAAUUGGCACUCAUUGGCCAGAGCCUCUUUGGACAAGAAGUCUAUAGCCACCUCCGCAAAGAGGGCCACCGAGUAGUAGGGGUGUUCACAGUUCCAGACAAGGAUGGAAAAGCUGACCCUCUGGCUUUGGUUGCAGAGAAAGAUGGAACCCCUGUGUUCAAGUUCCCUAAAUGGAGAGUCAAGGGCAAGACCAUCAAAGAGGUGGCGGAGGCCUACAGAUCUGUGGGUGCAGAGCUGAAUGUGCUCCCUUUCUGCACUCAGUUCAUCCCCAUGGAUAUAAUUGAUAGUCCAAAGCAUGGCUCUAUCAUCUAUCACCCAUCCAUCCUGCCCAGGCACAGAGGAGCCUCUGCUAUCAACUGGACUCUAAUUAUGGGAGAUAAGAAAGCUGGGUUUUCUGUUUUCUGGGCUGAUGAUGGCUUGGAUACAGGACCCAUCCUUCUUCAGAGAUCAUGUGAUGUUGAACCCAAUGAUACAGUGGAUACACUUUAUAAUAGGUUUCUUUUUCCUGAAGGAAUCAAGGCCAUGGUAGAAGCUGUCCAACGCAUAGCCGAUGGAAAAGCUCCUCGUAUUCCCCAGCCAGAAGAAGGGGCAACAUAUGAAGGUAUCCAGAAAAAGGAGAAUGCUGAGAUUUCUUGGAACUGGUCUGCUGAAGUUUUACAUAAUUGGAUUCGAGGUCAUGAUAAAGUCCCUGGAGCCUGGACAGAGAUAAAUGGACAGAUGGUCACUUUCUAUGGGUCGACAUUACUGAAUAGCUCUGUGCCUUCUGGAGAACCACUGGAAAUUAAAGGUGCCAAGAAGCCUGGUCUCAUUACCAAAAAUGGACUUGUUAUUUUUGGUAAUGAUGGAAAAGCACUGAUGGUGAGAAAUCUGCAGUUUGAAGAUGGAAGAAUGAUUCCUGCCUCUCAGUACUUUUCAGCGGGUGAGACGUCAGUGGUAGAACUCACAGCCGAAGAGGUGAAGGUGGCAGAGACUAUCAAGGUCAUCUGGGCUGGGAUUUUAAGCAAUGUCCCUGUUAUUGAAGACUCAACAGACUUCUUUAAAUCUGGAGCAAGCUCAAUGGAUGUUGCUAGGCUGGUGGAAGAGAUCAGACAGAAAUGUGGUGGGCUUCAGUUGCAGAAUGAAGAUGUCUAUAUGGCCACCAAGUUUGAAGACUUUAUCCAAAAGGUCGUGAGGAAACUGAGAGGAGAAGAUCAAGAGGCGGAGCUGGUUGUAGAUUACGUUUCAAAGGAAGUCAAUGAAAUGACAGUAAAAAUGCCAUACCAGUGUUUCAUAAAUGGACAGUUCACAGAUGCAGACGAUGGAAAGACUUACGACACUAUCAACCCAACGGAUGGAUCUAUAAUAUGCAAAGUAUCCUAUGCUUCUUUGGCGGAUGUUGAUAAAGCAGUAGCAGCAGCAAAAGAUGCUUUUGAAAAUGGCGAAUGGGGAAGAAUGAAUGCAAGAGAAAGAGGAAGACUGAUGUACAGACUUGCAGACCUACUGGAAGAGAACCAAGAAGAGCUGGCGACCAUUGAAGCCCUUGAUUCAGGGGCUGUCUAUACCUUGGCUCUGAAGACUCACAUUGGAAUGUCUGUGCAAACAUUUAGAUAUUUUGCUGGCUGGUGCGACAAAAUCCAGGGUUCUACUAUUCCAAUCAACCAAGCCCGUCCAAAUCGCAAUCUGACCUUCACCAAGAAAGAACCACUCGGCGUCUGUGCCAUUAUUAUUCCCUGGAACUACCCGCUGAUGAUGCUGGCGUGGAAGAGCGCUGCAUGUUUGGCAGCAGGCAAUACCUUAGUGCUCAAGCCUGCACAGGUCACGCCCUUGACUGCUUUGAAGUUUGCAGAGCUGUCUGUGAAAGCAGGAUUUCCAAAGGGGGUCAUCAACAUCAUUCCAGGCUCAGGUGGCAUAGCAGGACAACGUCUGUCUGAGCAUCCUGACAUCCGCAAACUGGGUUUCACUGGUUCCACUCCUAUUGGCAAACAGAUCAUGAAAAGCUGUGCUGUGAGCAACUUGAAGAAAGUUUCUCUUGAGCUUGGUGGCAAGUCUCCACUUAUAAUAUUUAAUGACUGUGAACUUGACAAGGCUGUGCGAAUGGGCAUGGGGGCAGUGUUUUUCAACAAAGGAGAGAACUGUAUUGCUGCUGGGCGGUUGUUCGUGGAAGAAUCCAUCCACGACGAGUUUGUGACAAGAGUGGUAGAAGAAAUUAAAAAGAUGAAAAUUGGUGAUCCACUUGACAGAUCCACUGAUCAUGGGCCCCAAAAUCAUAAGGCCCACCUGGAAAAGCUGCUGCAAUACUGUGAAACUGGAGUGAAAGAAGGGGCCACUUUGGUGUAUGGGGGAAGACAAGUCCAAAGGCCAGGCUUUUUCAUGGAACCAACUGUGUUCACAGAUGUGGAAGACCACAUGUACCUUGCCAAAGAAGAAUCCUUUGGGCCUAUUAUGGUCAUUUCCAAAUUCCAAAAUGGGGACAUCGAUGGAGUGUUGCAGCGAGCAAAUAAUACAGAGUAUGGUUUGGCCUCAGGGGUUUUUACAAGAGACAUAAACAAAGCUAUGUAUGCGAGUGAAAAACUAGAAGCAGGAACUGUGUUUAUUAACACAUACAACAAGACAGAUGUGGCGGCCCCAUUUGGCGGAGUUAAGCAGUCUGGCUUUGGAAAAGACUUAGGUGAGGAAGCUCUAAAUGAAUAUCUCAAAACCAAGACGGUGACGCUGGAAUAUUAGAGCAACACCAUCAUCAGGAAAGCCUUCACAGACAGCCCUUUUCAGCUCUGGACACUCUUAAGAAGCCUAGGUGUGCUGAGGCAGGAGGUGUCAGCCAGAAACCAAAAAAUACACAGAUGGACCAUGAUGAGGGUCAGGCCAUGUCAAAGCACUGACACUCGCGACUGAGCAUUUUCUAAUACACUAGUCCAAUGAUUUGCAGUUCUUGGGAUUUGACUAUACUGUAUAUCAUACAUAUUUCUAAAAAAAUCAAGCUGCGGGCCGGGCGCGGUGGCUCACGCCUGUAAUCCCAGCACUUUGGGAGGCUGAGGCAGGUGGAUCACUAGGUCAAGAGAUCGAGACCAUCCUGGUCAACAUGGUGAAACCUCGUCUCUACUAAAAAUACAAAAAAUUAGCUGGGCAUGGUGGCGCAUGCCUGUAAUCCCAGCUACUGAGGAGGCUGAGGAAGGAGAAUUGCCUGAACCCAGGAGGCAGAGGUUGCGGUGAGCCGAGAUCGCACCAUUGCACUCCAGCCUGGGUAACAGGAGCAACACUCUGUCUCAAAAAAAAAAAAAAAAAACCAAGCGGCUUUUCCCCUACCUAGACAAACCUAUUCAUGGUUUCCAUCUUGAAGAUGUCAGUACCAUGCAGUUAUAAUACACAAGGUGCAUUUAUUGGAAACUUUGUAUUAUAGGUACAGGUUUUUAACCUCUGAACCAUACAUAAGGGGAUUAUUAAACAGAUUUUCUAUAAGUCUGCUUCUAAGGAACAGUAUAACCUGUAAGGAAUGUGAAGGUAGUUCUUUUUUAUUAUUUGGAAAAAAAUACAUCUUUGUGUCUUUGAUGUUCUAUUUUUUAACCCACUGUGAGGGGUGAUCAACAUGUUUUGAGCAGCUACUAGGUACAAGGCGUUCUGUUCUGAGGAGUAUACAGAAUUUAAUGACAUGAUGGUUGGCCCCCACAUGGUUUAAAUUUUAGUAAAUAGCUUUUGAAGUGAAUUUUAUGUAUAAUAUAGUAGAAAGUAAAUAGGCCUUGAAGGCUGAUCCUGGUUCGUCUCAUACCAUCUUAGUAUCUAUGUGAUUCUGGGAAACUCUUGCAACUCCUCUGAGCCUCCACUUCCCUAUGUGUAAAACAGGGAUAGUGGCCGGGCGCGGUGGCUCACACCUGUAAUCCCAGCACUUUGGGAAGCCGAGGUGGGUGGAUCACAAGGUCAAGAGAUCGAGACCAUCCUGGUCAACAUAGUGAAACCCCGUCUCUACUAAAAAUACAAAAAAUUAGUUGGGCAUGGUGGUGUGUGCCUGUAAUCCCAGCUACUCAGGAGGCUGAGGCAGGAGAAUUGCCUGAACCCAGAAGGCGGCUUGCGGUGAGCCAAGAUUGCGCCAUUGCACUCCAGCCUGGGUAACAAGAGCGAAACUCCGACUCAAAAAAACAAAACAAAACAAAACAAAAUAAAAACAGGGAUAGUAAUGCCUUCCUCAGGACCCUUAUUUUAGGAGAAUUCUUGCAAUAAUAUAAGUAAAGCAUCUCACAUUAAUGCUUUGCUCAUGGUAGGUACUCAAAUUUAACUGUUUUCCUCUGUCAUUAUUUUAAAAAGAUAUUGAGAUAGUUUAAUUAACUAGAUGAAUUCAUUUCCCCCAAUCCUCUUCAAUCAUUAAUUCCUAAACUAUUUUUCUCAUCCAUUGUUCCGACACACUGCCUGAUACAGCAGCACUGAAAAAUGCCAUGUAAUGAAAAAUGGCAAUGGCACAAGGAAAAGGGGUGCUUUUCUUUGGGCAGCUUGCUUGUCCUUCAUGGGACAUUUUACCUUCCAUUUUUCCACCUAUUGGUUCUGGUGCUCAUUGGCUAUGUGAUCUUGGGCAAGAUAGUAAUCUAGUAUCUCAGCGCCUAGGUUGAGUAUAAAAUGAGAAUCAAAUCUCGAUCUCAGUAGUUGCUGCAAGGAUUCAGUGAGAUAAUACACAUAAUGCACUUAACAGGGCGUUUGGAUCAUAGCGUUGAAGAAACAGAAACUAUUAACAGCCCAUUUCCUGUUGGGAGACAGAAUUAGUCAGGUGAGUACAUUUUCACCAUCUAUGUGUGACCAGAAGAAGGCAAAUUUCUGAAUCACAGGAGUUUCCAGAAGAUAGCCAGAGCAAUGCCAUUCUAUCAAUCCUCCUUUAAAAAUAAAAUUUCAGUUGACAUUCCUUUUUCUUUGGCUUUGAAGAUGCCCUUAGGGAAUAUUUGUCAUUUUGGAGACUUAGCAGUAUAACAUGAGGGGAUUGCAGAGAAUCAAUAAAAAAUAAAACAGCAAAAUCAGAGGCAGGGAACAUUUUCAAAGGGAAAAAUAGCAAGUUUGAUUCCAGCACGACAAAUAGAGCGAAUUUGGCCUGGCAGCACUUUUUAUUAUACUAUAGCUCAUUUACCAUCCCGGAGUUCGGCACAGCUGAAAUUCUAAGUUGGAAUGAAUAUUCACGGGGCCCAAGAUGACAGUUCAUAUUUAAAUAAAAGUGACAAAAGCCAUUUUAUAAGCAAUCACUUUGAAGUGAAAUGUUUUAACUAAUUUCAUGUGAUUUAGAAUAUGAUUUAAUCAAAUUAUUUUAAUGAUAGAUGGAGUGACAGACAAAAGCAUGCCUGUUCUUCUAGACUGAUUUUACUUUACCUUCUAAUAUUCAUCUCAGUAGCAGCGUUUAAAAUACUCUCUGGGCUGCAAAACUCUUUGAGAAUCUGAUAAAAGCUAUGGACUCUUUACGUCCCACUUCGAUCCCCAAAUUCAUGUGCACACACAGAAUUCUGCAAAUAUCUUCAAUGGGUUCACAGACCUCGCAAAGGCAAUGCUGGGGCCCCAGAUUAAGAACUCCUUUCUCCAUAGCAAGUUCUAAACAUUUCGUACCAGCUUAUGUUUUUAUAUCUGGCUGAUCAGAAUCAAAGGCUCAGUGUGAUACAUAAAGUUACCAAGUGAACUGGAAUUGGAACAUCACGAUCCCCAGCCUGCUGGGUGAUUUAAUAACACACAGAGUAAUAAAAUCAUCACUCUUGCUUCAGAUCACAGAUUAUUUUGCUAAGCUAAAGGAUGAAGCUGUGAUCUUAUUAUCAGGUGAGUUGGGAGGUGUGGACACUUUAAGCAUUUCCAUUUUCCUUCUAAUUCCGCAUCCCCAUGCCUUUGCUAAAGCUGUCCCCUUUUUGUCCUAACACCCUUCCUGGCCUUUCCUACCCCUAGCUGGACUAAGUGUCUCUCCUCAACGCUCACACUUGUCUCAAACAUAGCACUUAUCACUUAGUACUAAAAUUACUUGCCUUCCUAACUAGAUAUGAGCAACACUUCCCCCACUCUAGGAUGGACCUUGUGUCAAUAACACGACAGCUACCAUUUAUUGAGGGCCUCCCAUGUGCAAGACCUUAGGCUAAGCAUGUUUUAAAUGCUGUUUAAUUUUCACAAUGUCUGAAAAAAUGAAGAUGUUGAGGUGCUUCUCUUACUACCUCUCCCCCUAAGCCAUCUUACCUCUUUUUUUUUGAGAUGGAGUUUUGCUCUUGUUGCCUAGGCUGCAGUGCAGUGGUGCAGUCUUGGCUCACUGCAACCUCCACCUCUUGGGUUCAAGCAAUUCUCAUGUCUUAGCUUUCCAAGUAGCUGGGAUUACAUGUGUGUACCACGACGCCUGGCUAAGUAGAGACGGAGUUUCACCAUGUUGGCCAGGCGCGUCUCAAACUCCUGACCUCAAGUGAUUCACCUGCCUUGGUCUCCCAAAGUGCUGGGAUUCCAUGCAUGAGCGACUGUGCCCAGCCUGUUACCUCUUUCCUAUCAUUUUGUUCAAGUCUCCCAACUGGUCUUCUGGAUUCCUCUCUUGUGUAGUCCUGUUCAAAGCUUAAGUCACAUGGUGUCACUCCUCUGUUUAAAACCUGUCAAUGGUCCCCAAUUCAUUUAGACCAAAGUCCAGUGUAUUUAACAUGGCCUACCAAUCUUGCUCCUGGCUACCUGUGACCUCAUCUGCUGUCAAUUUCCCUCUCAUUCUGUUCCACCAUCCUGACUGCCUUGACUUCCUCAACAGAAGAAGCCUGCUCCUGCCUCGGGGUCUCUGCCCUUACUGUUCCUCUUCCCAGGAGUGUGCUGGUAAAAUAUUUAAGUAUUGAAUAUUUUAUUUACUAUUCAAGUAAAAUAUUAAUAUUAUUAAAUAUUCAAGUAGUUCUCAGAGGGUGGGGUGGGGGGGAAGCCCUGAUUUGUAGCAUUUGCAGGUAUCUGUGUGUAAAUAUUUUCAUCAAGGCUAUUUUUGAGCUACUAAUUUGCCUUCACUAAACACAGAGUUUGGGAAGAGAUGCAUGCCAUCAGGACAAAUACAAGCCAGCACCAGCACACCACUGCCUCCUGCAACUCUUGCCCAUGCACAAUAUCAUGGCUGGCUGGCUCACUUCCUACUGUCUCUCCUCAAAUAUCUGACUAGAGACACAUUCCCUGACUAUGCUUUCUAAAAUAGGCCAUAUGCCCUCACAUUCAUACCCCAUUUGCUGUCAUUCUUUCUUCUUUUUAUUCCACAUUAUUUUCAUAGCACUUACCACUACCUGUUGUAUAUUAAUCAAUGAUCUUUUCCCAUUAGAAUGGAGGUUUCAUGAACAGGUACUUGUUUUGUUUAAAACUGUAUCUCCAGUCCUAAUAUGUAAUAGGAGCUCAAUAAAUGUUUGCUUUCGAAUGGAAAGGUUAAGUAACCUGCUCAAAUCAAACAGCUAUUAAGUAGCAGAACAGGUUUUCAAGCAAUGAAUCUAGUGGUUUUAAUCAAGUUGAGAUAGUUUUUAAUCCUAAUACCUAAAUCAGGGCCUGGGUAGUAAGCUGCAGGCACAUAUUAAGUAUUGGUUAAACUAAAAAAAAAAAAAAGCAAACGGACAUUAUCUGUAAAAGCUUUUGUAGAAUUGGCUAGAGGUAAGGAACCAAAUUGGGUUCCCCAUACCUGCCCUCCAAGAAAAUAAAGCUGGGCUGAGAGUAGGAUAUGAGGGAUGAUGGAUAAGAGAUGAGACAUGAGAGAUAAGGGGGAUUAAAUUAUUAUUACUAUCAUACAAAUAAUGCCUGAGAUUUUUUUAAAUGAUUAAGUACCCAAUUAUGUAAAACAAUUUAUAAAAUAGGAAAGAUUGACUCAACCAAAAUUUGUUGAGUCAACCCAAAAAUCUAUUUGAUUAUCUCCAAACAGAAAUAACCUACAGAUACAUUUGAGAUUGUUCCAAACUUUUUCUAUGAAUAUCUAUACUUUUUACAUAGUUAACAUAAUACUGUAUAUUACUUUGUUACCUGAUUUUUCAAUUAACAAUAUAUCAUAAGCAUCUAUGUUAAUCAAUAAACACAAUUCUGCAUAUUUCAA